UACUCUUCAUCCUGGAGAAGGAAAUGGAAGAUGAUUGGUGGAAUUUACAGUAUAUAUAGACGUCACUUCCGUUUCUCUUUCUCUUUUACCGUGAGGUACAGAACUCCAUACGGCGUUGUCUCGUGCUUUUCCACAUAACUCGUAACUUAGGAAAAGUGGUCACGAUGUCCGGAGGUCUGGAUGUGCUGCAGAUGAAGGAGGAGGAUGUGCUCAAGUUCCUGGCAGCCGGGACCCACCUGGGAGGUACCAACAUGGACUUCCAGAUGGAGCACUACACGUACAAGAGAAAGAGUGAUGGUGUGUACAUCAUCAACCUGAAGAAGACAUGGGAGAAGCUGCUGCUGGCUGCCCGUGCCAUCGUGGCCAUUGAGAACCCAGCUGAUGUCUGCGUCAUCUCCUCCAGGAACACUGGACAGAGGGCUGUGCUGAAGUUUGCGUCCGCCACCGGCGCCACCACCUUCCACGGUCGUUUUACCCCCGGAACCUUCACCAAUCAGAUCCAGGCUGCUUUCCGUGAGCCCCGCCUCCUGAUCGUGACAGAUCCCCGUGCCGACCACCAGCCCCUGACUGAGGCCUCCUACGUUAACAUCCCCACCAUCGCCAUGUGUAACACUGACUCUCCCCUCAGAUAUGUGGACAUCGCCAUCCCCUGCAACAACAAGGGCCACCACUCUGUUGGUCUGAUGUGGUGGAUGCUGUCUAGGGAGGUGCUGCGGAUGAGGGGCACGAUCUCCAGGGAACACCCCUGGGAGGUCAUGCCUGAUCUCUACUUCUACAGAGAUCCAGAGGAGAUUGAGAAGGAGGAGCAGGCCGCGGCCGAGAAGGCUGUUGGCAAGGAGGAGUUCCAGGGUGAGUGGACCGCCCCCACGGCCGACUUCGCCCAGCCCGAGGUGGCCGACUGGUCCGAGGGAGUGGCAGUGCCCUCUGUGCCCAUCCAGCAGUUCCCUGCUGGCAUUGAGGGUAAGAGCUUCACCGAGGCCGCUGCUCCUUCCAAGGCCCCAGCUGCAGCUGAAGGCUUUGCUGAGGAUUGGAGUGCCCAGCCUGCCACAGAGGAUUGGUCCGCUGCCCCCACUGCCCAGGCUACCGAGUGGGGUGGUGCCUCCGCUGAUUGGUCCUAAGUGGUGUCUAUCACUCGAGUCAAAAGCUGUGCUGUAAACAGUGACGUCAAUAAACUUGGCUUAUUGUUUUUAAACAUG